AUGGCAAGUGACACUUUAGACUAUCUGGAAUAUACAAAAAUUAAGAUUGCUGAUGCAGCUAUAACUUAUUCUUUAUCACAAAUCGAAGAGUCCUUUGCUCGAUUUAUGAAAUGGAAAUCAGCCGCUCUUCUAUCGUUAGGAACUCCAGAACCCCCGCUUUCUAUUAAUGAUUUAGACACAACUUUGGGCCAGCUUGAUUUAAUUAUUUCGUCCAAACCCUCAAUUCUUUUAGGUAAAGAAAGUAAGUUUGCAUUCUUAUUAUCCCAAGCAGUACGCCCUUUGUCGGGGGAAUGGAUAUGGUAUAAGCAGGAGCUCACCGAAAUGACACCAAAGUGGGCGGCUCAGCGCAACUUUGUAGAAGAAGCCCUACCUCUUCUUUUAGUUGUUUCUAUCAAAUACUUUACAAAAAUACUAGAAACAAAAGAAGAUUCAAGAAUUUCUCUUUUUACAGCUCUCUGUUGCUACCUAUAUAAGGGAUAUCCAUGGUCAGAUAGCAUUCCUGCAAAUAUUACGAAAGCUUUAAACGCGUGUGCGGUACAAGUUUUUGAUGAAACACCCGGAUAUUUCGAUAUUCUUUUUAUUGACGUUAUUAAACCAACAUUUUCAAGUGCUGCAACUCAUAAAGAGAUAUCGGCAGCCGGGCGCAAAGUUUUUACUGCGAAUGAUGAACAGCCCAGGUUAAGCCAUGCAUUUUCCAAAGGGUUCAUGGACGAUCCAAGCUUCCAAAAGGAUCCCUGGAAAGAAAGUCGAGUAUACGUGAUUUCUCUAUUGGAAGUGUAUUUGAGACACACCAUAGCUGUCAAAUCUACAACCCAAACUCAGUGGUCCUUUUUUGUGCCCUGCGUGUUAAACAUUAUUGAUUACCAUAAUCCAGCAUACAAGUGUAAAGGGGCAGAUCUUCUUGUAUUGCUUAUUGAUUCAGUGUCUGAAGAUUUUUUUAAAAAAACGGGUGUGGCUACAGUAUUUUGGGAAGCUCUAAAGCCAUCGUUAACGUUUUUGCCCCCGAGCACCCCAAUUUCCAUUGCAGUGCCAUUAUCCAAAAGCACAUUUGAAGCCAUGAUCAAGUUGAGCUAUUUGAAUCUAGCAUCAAAAAGGAAAACUAGUGACGACAAAAAGACAAAUAUUAAACCAAUUUCGAUAGACUUACAAGAAGAAUAUCUUCUGGAGGGAAUUUUCAGAGGCGUUUCGCAUACAAACAAAAGCCCAGAGAUGGUGACUGUUUUUAUCAACUCAGCAAAUAUACUGGUGUUAAAUCACCUAAAAACAUAUACCACGCCACAUCUAAAGCCAUUAAUUGGUAUUGUUGUGGGCACGCUUUGUGACCCGUUUAUCAGUUACGCGCCUGAGCUGAUGUCGGCGUCUGCAAAACUACUUCAAACAUUGAUUCGAGCUGUGUGGUUUCGGAUUCCGUAUUAUCGCUACGACAUUCUACGUGGAGUGAUUAUGGCUAGCCGACGAAUUAUUGAAGAAAAGAAUGAUGGAUUGAUUGGACCUAGUGAAGAUCUGCGAGAAAGUGUGAAGAUGCUGGAAGAAUCUGUUCGUGUGUGUAUGAAGCAGAAACUAGAUUCAGAGCUAGGUUUGUCAACGUUUCAAAAAGAAAUUGAAAUUCUAGAAUCAAAGGAACCAUCGUUUAAAGAGCUCAUGAAAACAUAA